AUGAAGUGUCACUGCUCCUGGGCCGUCCUGUGGCUGUGGGCUGUCGUAGCCUGCAGCAACCUGCUGAUGCUGCACCCGGUCCGAGCCGAUGCACCGAAAAAGCGCUGUCUCAGCAAACCUACCGUGUCGAAGAAAGUGGACAUGGUCAUUCACCAGUGCCAGGAGGAGAUCAAGUCCGACCUGAUCGAGGAUGCGCUGAAGAUCUACACGGCCGAACACGGCCAGUGGCACGAUCGCCGGAAGCGCAGUCCGGACGAUGGAACGCUGGACUUUUCCCACCCGACGAUCGUAUCGCACGAGGACAAGUGGAUUGCCGGUUGUCUGAUGCAGUGCGUUUAUCGUAAAAAUAAUGCCAUCGACAAGAACGGGUGGCCAACGCUGGAUGGGUUGGUCAAUCUGUACACGGACGGUGUUAACGAGCAUGGCUACUUCAUGGCCACCCUGCGCGGUGUCGACCGGUGUCUGAAGGGAACGUCGAAGAAAUACCAAAUCAAACGGAACGAUGCUGCAGAAAACUUUGAGCAGUGUGAAGUCGCCUUCGACGUAUUCGAUUGCAUUUCGGACAUGAUCACCGACUAUUGCAGUGGUGGAAUGCAGGAUCAUAAAUAG